AUGGGUAAAGGCAAACGUGGUAAGAAAGGCGGCCAAGCUGGCGGAGUGCGCCAGAACUGGCAGGACGUUCCUAAGACCAAUGCGAAACUGGAGGAUUACUACAAUAGACAGGGCUUCAUCCCUGAAGAGGAGAGAGAAGCUUUCUGGGAGACUCUGCGAAGGGAUUUGCCCAACAGCUUCCGCUUUACGGGCUCGCGAGGACAUGCUCUUGCCGUUCAAAAGAAACUCCAGGAUCAUUUUAUUCCUGAGAUCACCUCCAUCAAGUAUGAAGGUAAUAUGGUUGAGCCGCCACGCCCAGUGCCUUGGUACCCCGAUCAGCUUGCAUGGUGGAUGACGACCCCCAAGCAUGUCGUUCGACGUUUUGCUCCCUUCGCAUCGUUCCAGAAAUUCCUUGUCGCGGAGACCGAUGUUGGUAAUAUCAGUCGACAGGAGGUUGUCAGCAUGAUUCCCCCACUCUUGAUUGAUGUUAGGCCCGGUAUGACCGUGCUGGACAUGUGCGCCGCUCCGGGCAGUAAGUCCGCGCAGCUCAUGGAACUUCUCCAUGCUGGCGAGGAGGAAGCGAUGCAGGACAUGUCUAAGAAGUUGAAGGAUGGAACCGCGGGACCAGAGCCUUUAGGGCCGGAGGGUCUUGACGACGAUGGAAGAACCACUGGACUUCUCAUUGCCAAUGACGCCGACUACCGUCGUGCGCACAUGCUUAUUCAUCAGAUGAAGCGACUCAGCUCUCCCAACUUGAUUGUCACGAAUCAUGAUGCUACCAUGUAUCCUUCGAUCAAGCUUCCCCCACUCCCCACGGCCGAUGGAAAGAAAGCCCAGGGCCGAUAUCUGAAGUUCGACCGCAUCCUCGCGGAUGUACCGUGCACUGGUGAUGGGACUGCUAGAAAGAACAUCGGCGUCUGGAGAGACUGGAAUCCGAAUAACGCGAUAGGCCUCCAUGCCACGCAGGUGCGGAUCCUCGUCCGUGCAUUGCAGAUGCUGAAGGUUGGCGGACGGGUCGUCUACUCUACCUGCAGCAUGAACCCUAUCGAAAACGAAGCUGUUGUCAGCAGCGCAAUCGCCAGGUGUGGUGGCUCGGCUAAUGUCAAGAUUAUCGAUUGCAGCAACGAGUUGCCUGGCCUGAAGCGAGUCGCCGGCUUGAAGACUUGGAAGGUUAUGGACCGCGAAGGCCGGAUGUGGAAUAAUUGGAAGGAAAUUGAAGACAAGAGAGAGCAGGACGGCAUCACUGGCCUCGGCAGAAUUGCCGAGGGCAUGUUCCCUCCCACUGACGAGAAUGCUGACCUCCCUCUUGAGAGGUGUAUCCGUAUCUAUCCUCAUCUGCAGGACACCGGUGGAUUCUUCAUCACGGUCCUGGAAAAGACGUCUGAAAUUCGGGCCAAACCUGAGGAUGCUUCGAAGGUCGUUCCCAAGUGCUCCAUUGGAGCGCUUGUGGAAGAAAUUGAAUUCAAACAAAAGCAUGGAAACGGACAGCCCUUGGAGAAGAUUGAUGCAUUGGACGACCUGGUGACUCCCGACCAAGCAGCCGAAGAGGAGGCGAGCAAGAACGCAACUGUCGCGGAGUCUACUCACCAGCCUCCAUACUCCGCUACCAACCAAAUCUCCCCAGCGAAGAGAGACGCAGAGAGCAUGGAAGAUGAGCUCCCAACCAAGAGGGCCAAACUCGAGGAUGGCACCGAAGUUGUUCUGGGUGACCGCCCUAUCCAUCGUCCUCCUCCGGUGCCUGAACCCGAUAGUAUGGAUACAUCGGACCCCGCUUCUACACCUGCGCCUCAAGACACUUCCCAGCCGGUGGCGAAGAGCGAGCUUCCUGCCCAAGCUCCGCAGAAGCGGAAACCAGGCCAGCCUAUUGAAGAGCCCUACAAAUACCUGGAUCCCAGCCACGAGGAACUUGAACAGAUUUUCCAGUUCUAUGAAAUCUCUGACCGAUUCCCACGAGACCGGUUCAUGGUGCGCAAUGCACAGGCACUCCCAACCCGGACGAUCUACUACACCAGUGCGUUGGCCCGUGAUAUCCUCACCGCCAAUGAAGGACAGGGAAUGAAGAUCACGCAUUGCGGUGUCAAGUUGUUUGUCAAGCAGGAUGUGCAGCGCAUGGAUGUGUGCCGUUGGCGUAUUCAGACCGACGGUCUGCGGGUGCUCGAGCCGAUGCUGAGCCCUACGAGAGCCGUCACUUUGACUCGGAAGUCGACUCUAAGGAAGAUUCUCGUGGAGAUGUUUCCCAAGGUGGACAAUGACGGAUGGAAGGAACUCGGAGAGAUUGGCGAGCGCGUGAGGGACAUUUCCAUGGGCUGUAGUAUAUUGUACAUUGAAGCAGAUGGAACAGAAGAUGGAUUAAGUGAGCGAAUGGUCCUCCCUCUCUGGAGAUCUCUACAUUCUAUCAACUUGAUGCUACCCAAAGAGGAACGCCGGGCUAUGCUCUUACGGUUGUUCAACGAGGACCCGCCGUUGGUGAAUAUCACCCAGAAGCACGCAGCUUCAACAUCCACGCCGGAGACGCCAGUCGUGAGCGAGCAGGAUACGCCGGAGGAAGCGGCGAUCCAGCGUGAGAAUAUCGCGCUGGGAGAGGACGAGCAGAAGAAGGUCGACAUGCGGGAGACUUCUAAGGCAGGAGAUGAGGAGGACCAGGCUAAUACUACUGUCUGA